AAUGGCGGCGCGAGGACGGUUUGUCAAGCAGCCGAACUAUGCCGGUGGACACAGAGUAUCUACGGACGACGGCUCAAGACACUCCAAUUCUCCGUUUGGAAGAUUCUCUGGACGUUCAUCACAAGGCAGAUCUACUCAGAAUUCUCCAUUCACUGGACAGCAAAGCUCAGGUCAGAGAUCAAAUCCAUCCCCAAGGAGUUACCCUGGUCAGCAUCAAGAUCGUGGACCCAGACUGACUGAAGAUGUCUGUGUUGGGGAGGAGGUUAAGAUUGGGGUUAACCUGGCCAUUACUCGCUUCAGGAAUGACGAAAAUGUCAAAGAGCUUGAAUUUCCCUCUUCCCUGACGGCUACAGAGAGGGCCUACAUUCACCGCCUAGUAGUGUCCAUGGGUCUGAAGAGCAAAAGUAAAGGCAAAGGGACAAAUCGUUACAUCACUGUUUCUAAGAAAACAGGCAAUCAGGGUUGUAGCAAAGAUGCUGCAUUUCAGCUGGUGGGCCAUUCUCGACAUCAGAUUCAUACCUUGCUGCAGAGAUUUCCUCUGACAAAUAAGGAAAGACAGGAGUUGCAGCCACGAGCAGAGAGAGGACAGUUUUCAAGAGAAUUAAACAAGACAACCACAGGGAGACUCAACAAUGGAGUGUCCCAAGUUCCACCUAAGAGAGGGGAGUCAGAAUUGUCAAGCUUCAGGGAGACCUUGCCCAUUUAUGUUCAAGGGGGUGAAAUAUUGGAGGCUAUCAAUAAUAAUCCAGUUGUGUUAGUAUCAGGAGAGACAGGCUCCGGUAAAACCACACAGGUUCCCCAGCUGAUCUUGGAUGACUGCUAUGCCAAGGGUAAACCCUGCAGGAUAUUCUGUACACAACCCCGGCGUAUCGCAGCCUUGACCGUGGCAGAGCGGGUGGCAGCAGAGAGAGGGGAGAAGAUUGGACAGACUGUCGGGUAUCAGAUCCGUCUUGAAAGCAAAGUGUCCCCAAAGACUUUGUUGACUUUCUGCACUAAUGGGGUACUGUUACGCACACUCAUGGGCAGUGACAACGCCCUGGGCACAGUCACUCAUGUUAUUGUGGAUGAGGUUCAUGAGCGGGACAGGUUCAGUGACUUCCUCCUGAUUUCCCUGCGUGACCUCAUGGGGAGGUUCAGGAACCUCAAGGUCAUCCUGAUGAGUGCUGCUCUCAAUCUCCAGCUGUUUGUCCAGUAUUUCAACAACUGCCCUGUUGUGUCCAUCCCUGGUAAUCUGUUUGAUGUACAGGAGUAUUUUCUUGAAGAUGUCCUCAAAUGGACUAAGUAUAGUAACAAGAAGAUGCAAGCCUACUUAGCAAACCUUGGAAAGGUUGAACAACAACAGCAGCAGUUGAACGAGUGGUGUGCUUACCCUCCUGUUGGCACCGAGACUGGAGUGUCAAGCUCUGACCAUCACAUGGACAGGAAUCCUAUAGGCACAGGAGAGCUAGGUCAGGAGAAAGAGGAGCUAGAACCAUGGCUUGUAAAGGAAAUGGAUGACAUCAUGAGUGACAUUUGGCUCAAUGGCAGUGAGGAAGGCUUCUCACAGAUCUUCCACUUUGUGGUAAACGAUGGCGUCAGCGUUGACUACAGCCACUCAGGGACUACAGCCACACCUCUGAUGACAGCUGCUGCCAGGGGCUUUACAGAGAUUGUGGAACAGCUCCUCAACCUGGGUGCUAAUGUGAAUGCACGGGCUUCUAACGGCUGGACGGCGCUGGACUUUGCCAAGAAAUUCUCACAGGAGGAUGUGAUAGAACUACUUCAGGCAUACAUAGCUGCAGGGGAAGAGGGUGACUUGGAGGGGGUAUCGGAUUACGCUCAAAGACCAGACACAAGUGAACUGUCACAACAAGACCGCAACCUGUUGGCAGCAUACCAUGGGUGCUUCGAUGAUGACAAAGUUGACAUUGAGCUUGUAACGGCUUUGGUUCAUAAGAUCCAUUUAUCACAACCAGAAGGUGCAAUUCUGAUAUUUCUACCAGGAUAUGAUGACAUAGUAUCUCUCAGAGAGUCCAUAAAUGAGGACAAACGUUUUGAGCAUUCAAGGUACAUUUUGUUUGUGUUGCACUCUGCCAUGCAGUCUUCAGACCAGAAACGUGUAUUUAGACCUGCUCCUCCUGGGGUGCGCAAAAUCAUCCUGGCCACUAACAUAGCAGAGACAAGUAUCACCAUCAAUGAUGUGGUGUAUGUGGUGAACUCUGGCAAAGUCAAAGAGAAAUCAUUUGAUGCCUUAACUGGUGCUGUGAUGCUGAAAAGCUGCUGGAUUUCUAAGGCCAGUGCCAAACAAAGGAAGGGCAGGGCUGGGAGAUGUCGUCCGGGGGUGUGUUAUAACAUGUUCAGCAGUGUCCGGUUUCGCAACAUGAUGGAGUACACAAUGCCUGAAAUCAUGAGAUAUCCAUUACAGGAGCUGUGUCUACACACCAAGUUGCUGACAGCUCCACAUGUCUCUGUGGCUGACUUCCUCAGUAAAGCCCCAGAAGCCCCGGCAUUCAUCAUCAUCAGAAACGCAGUGCAACUUCUCAAGCAAAUAGAUGCAUUUGAUCCAUGUGAAGAUCUGACAGAGUUGGGCCACCACCUGACAGACCUGCCUCUGGAGCCUCAGCUGGGCAAGAUGGUGCUCUACUCUGUGGUGCUCAAGUGUCUGGACCCUGUCCUUACCAUAGCCUGUACCCUGGCUUACAAGGAUCCAUUCCUCUUACCAAGCCAACCAUACCAAAAGAGAGCAGCAUCAGCAGCCAGACAACGGUUUGCUGCUGGCACUUACAGCGAUCACAUGACAUACCUGAGGGCUUUUCAGGCCUGGCAGAAGGCUCGCUCUGAUGGCUGGGAGAGGGCAUUCUGUGAGAAAAACUUUCUCUCUUCUGCUACUUUGGAGAUGAUAGUAGGAAUGAGGACACAGCUGUUGGGUCAGCUGAGGGCGUCAGGGUUUGUGAGGGCUCGGGGAGGAGGUGACAUACGGGACCUGAACACAAACUCUGAGAACUGGGCAGUGGUGAAGGCAGCCCUCUCUGCUGGCUGCUACCCCAACCUGGUCAGGGUGGACAGGGAGAGGAAAGUACUGGUCACUAAGACAACAGACAAAGUUAGGAUUCACAACACCUCUGUCAUGUCAAGUUUAAGUCCUGCCUCCUCAGAGAAUGUGGCUAAGAUGACGCGUAUACUACCUUCUGAUUGGCUGAUAUAUGAAGAGAUGAGUCACGGUGUGAGGCUGGCAUGUGCGCGCUGCUGUACCCUGGUGUCACCCAUAACUGUGUCACUCUUCUCGGGUCCGGCUAAGCUGCCUUCUGACACACUGAGAGAUCCCUCCAGUGCACAAGAUUUCAUGGUGUGCUGGAUGCCCCCUGACAAUGCCAGUGACAGUGAGAGUGAGGAUAAAGAGGAUGAGAGGAAAGCUUCCCUGAAACUUGAUGACUGGGUGGCCUUCAAGCUUGACCCUGAGGCUCUGAACCUUGUUCUUAACCUACGACAGAAGUGGCAUGCUUUGUUCUUCAGACGGAUGAGAACGCCAUCUAAACCCUGGUCCCAGAUUGAUGAGGCUGUGCUGCGUGCUGUUAUAAGUGUGCUGACAACAGAAGAACAAGCCAUGGGUUUACAGCAACCGGUCGGCAUUGGCCAGAGACCCGAGACCUAUGGGCUAACAGACAAUUGCAGUAAAAACAUUUUUGGUGGAGCUUCUGAGCCAUUCAACUCUGGUGGAGGGAGGUUUGAUUAUGAGGAUUACUAUGAGAACAGGGGAAAUAACCGUAUGAGGAAAAGUCCGGCAACAACCCCCAGGAGGUCCCCAAAUUUCGCACUUUGUGCUCAUUAUCAGCACCAGUUUGAACCAUGCAGUAUUUCAACCGAGGGCCGACUGAUGAUACAGCAGGCUUCAAAUCAGCAGGGGGAAGUAAGUGCGGGGGAAAUUCUCCAGGCUCUGGGUAACAAUAGUGCUUCGACCAGUCAGAGAGGAAGUGCCUCUAGUACCCCAUGCCCCAGCCCGAGGCCAUCCUCUCCAUUACAGGCCUGGGACAAGGACCCGGGGGCCAUGUCGCCCCAUCCCUGUCGCUUCUUUGUCAUGAAGUGUCAGAAUCAGAAGAGACUAGAUAUGGCCAUCAGUAAAGGCACUUGGUCAUCGUCAGCUUACAUUGAAAAGAAAGUGGCCAAAGCCUUUGAGGGUGGGAAGACGAUAUACCUGAUCUUCUCUAUCCAGGGUAGUAACCACUUCCAGGGCUAUGCCAAAAUAAGUCAUCUCAUAAGCCUUAAGGAGAAGAACAAUCCAGCAACAUACAGUGGAAGGUUUGGACUUGAAUGGGUGAAAAGGGGCAAUGUCUCGUAUCAAGCAACAGGCCACUUUGUGAACUCUUGGGAUAAGAACAGGAGUGUCAGAGACAGCAAGGAUGGUCAGGAAUUGGAGCCUAAUGUUGGUGAGACCCUCAUAAGAUUGUGGGAUACGACACCUCAGCCAGCUAAAAGUUCCCAGUCUCCAGGGAGACAUCUGGGGGCAGGAGAUGGCCCUAACCAGGGACAUAGAGGCAUCCCAGGUACAACUAAACAGGAUCCAUUCUCAGGUAUGAAGCCUCAGUCCCCUGGGCACGUGACAGGACAGUCUGGAGAUCACAAGCGCAGCUCCCAACCUGGUGAGUACCCUCAGUCCCCAGCCUCUGUCCCCAUCCACGGCUCCCAGGUGUUUACUAGCCCUGAGGGGAGACGUCAUGCUGGGGUGGAGCCAUCAGGUGCUAGCCCCAGGUUUGUCACACCUGUAAUCUCACAAUCCUCAUCAGGCACCCGUGGUAAUGCCCCGCUGACGAUACUACAGAGAGGUUCUAAUGCCAGCCAGAGUCAGCUGCCUCACAGAGAACAACUACAACAACAGCACCAGCAGCAGCAUCAAACCAAAUCUAUGCCGGGUUCCUACCCUAACACUAGCCCUGGUGCCUACCAACCCUCACAUCACAGGCAACAGUAGGAACAGCGCUAAUGCAGGCUGGCUCAUCCUUUCUGUUCUGAAAGUGGAAGAUUCAUGACUGAACAAUUCCAAAGAAAGCAAAAACAUUAAGACCCUUUAAAUUCUUCUUUCUUAAAUGCUCCAGAGUUUGUAAAAAUGAUUUUUUUCUUGAAUAUUGCAAUGAUUUUUUGCAUAAAACUUUCUUUGACAUCUGGGAAAAUUAUGUUUGUGGCAAACGUGUUCAAUGUACGUAUUGCUGGACUAAAAUCUUCACAUUUCAGUGAAAAUACCAGUGUUAUCAAAGCUGGAUUAAACUUAAACCCAGUUUGAUUUGAAUAUUUAUUUUCAUUCCCUGGUGACUCAGAUGGUGACAACAUAUGCGCAAGCACAAAGAAAUAAAAAUAAAAUCAAUUGCAGAGUUUGAAAUUUAAAAGUUUGGUUUAAGUUGAAUACAGUGAUGCAAGCUUAGGCCAAGAUUUCAGGGUGGAAUUUAUCUGUGUGUUCUGGAACAAUUUGAGGUCAUGUUUAUAUAGUAUUGAAAGGACUGGAGAAGAACGUGUCAGAUUACAACAUAUAUGUAUGCACUGUAUUUAUUUCACAAGAUUGGUCAGUCACCUAUUUACAUUGCUUGUGUCAGAAAUGUUACUACAAAUUACUAUACAAACUGAAUUAUCCGGGUAUAUAUAUAU